UUUGCCUGCGAUACUGAGUGGAGAAUGAAUGGUCAUGUAAAGAGCAUGUAUUUUCAACAGUUUAUGGAGCUAGCAACAACAUUACUCUCUGUCCUGCUGCUUAUGGCUGUUGAUUCAACACGAACGGUGGCAGCGAGCAGAAACCAGCAGUGUGGGAAUUCUCUCCAACAGACUCUGAAGCUCACCAGACUUGCACAGAAAGAAUCUGUCGAUCUAAUCAAAACAUAUAAAGCCUCUCAAGGAGAGAUUUCAGAGCUCUUCUGCAAGGUGUCAGUUAACAACGUCCCUGACCCCAACAUCUCUGGCCUGGAGCCCUCAGAGAGGAUCGUGAGCAUCUACACACACCUCCAAGCCUUCAUCCCGCAUUUCAAACGGGUGUACGAGCAGCAGACAGACUUGCAGUUACCCAUGAGCCCGCUGCUGGCCGAGCUCAGCGUUGUCAAAGCUCACAGCAGGAACCUGGCUGCUCUCAUCAACAGCUUUUAUCAGAGCCUCUUCCCAAACCUGCCUGUACCAGAGCCAGCAGGGGGGGCGACGGCACUACCUCCGCCUCAGAACGUGUUCCAGCAGAAGGUCUACGGCUGUGUGGUCCUGAAGACCUACAAAGAGUUCCUGUCAAACGUCUCCCGAGAACUGAGAAAUCUAAAGAGCAAAGUCUGCAGGAGGAGGAUACAAAUAAACACACCCUUCUUCUGAGGACGAUCCGAGGCUGACCUUAGACAGUCGUUUUCCAACAAUAUAUAUAUAUAUUUUUUCUUUUGAUAAAGUGAAAUAAGAUGUCUGGUACAUCAGUGUAAUGACACCUACAGUAUUUAUGAUAUUUAAUAUUUAUUUUCUUGUAUGUUUCGGAGAAAACGGGACACUGUUAAAAGAUGAAGACUGUAAAGGUUAUCUCUAUGCAACUGAUGUAUAUUUAAUAUAUCUAAUAUGUUAUGUACUGGUUCUACUUUGCUGGUGUAAACUUAUUUACUA